CAAUGCCAAAUAUUUUUUGUCAAUGUUCCUGACUAACGUUGUUUAUAUUUUUUAGAGAUUUUUUAUAUAAUUUUUUUAUAUUUUGGAAGUCACAAGACAGAAGACACUAGCUAUGAUGGGCUACACUAUAUUGGAAGUGGAAGAUAUGCCAGAAGUACUUAAAAACAAACCUCGUUGGGUGACGUGUGUGGCUAUCGCGAUAGCCGUGAUCACUAUAACUGCAUCCGCCGUGGCUGUGGGCGCCUUCAUAGGCUACACAUACUGCUACAUCGAACACCGAACCAUGUCAGGUAAUAUGACGCACUCGGUGAGCUUCCAAGUUGUGAUACCACACGUUCAGGACACCGAAGAGAUGAAAACAAACAGGACUAUUAACGGCGCUCUUACUGGAGUACUUAUAUCAAGGCUUCUCAACAUUGGCCAGGACUUUAUUUCCCAGGAUUGUGCUUCUAUGCCAUUUAACGAAACCGCAUCAGAAAUGUUUCACCUUACACUCUGAACUCCGUGACCUCUGUAGAGUAUUUUGUCGUGAAGACGGAAUAUCGACAAAAUUAUCGACAUGUUACAUCACUAAGUAUCAGCUGCUGGUCCUACUAGGAGAAUUUGAUGUGAAGUUAGAAUUUCGUUUAGUAAAAUUUUACGGUGA